AAUUAAAUUUUAUUUAACUGAUUUACAAAGUUCCGAGGGACGCGAAGGCAGCCGAAGGGGGCGGGAACUUGAGAAGGAUCUUCCGUCCUCCAGAGUCCCCGACAGGGACGCGUGCUGGGGGAACAUCGGAGCGGUUUACACGAGCUUAGGCAAACUGGUUCCUCUUGUCUUAGCCGGACUAAGCGCGAUCAUGUCCGGUGGCUGGUGGAGCAGUGCCGCGGUGAGCCACGGCCUCAUGGCUCUGUUCGCCAUGGGCUCCUGGAUUUCUGUCAACAGCCUGUGGGUCGAGAUCCCGGUGUUGGUCGGCGCGCUGCCCGAAGACUGGAACCUGCCUGCUUACCUCUCAGUACUUAUAGCAUUUGGGAACCUGGGACCAAUCGCAGUGACCAUCACACACCACUGUGCUCCCAGGCGUUUAAACGAACGCCUCGCCAUCCACUGCAUCCAGAUCCUGGCGGUGGUCACCUCCAUUUUUCUGGCCAUCUUCUGGUCGCACACUGUCGCAGUAGCAGGAGAGCAGAGAUCUGUACCAUUCCUGCUCCUUACGUUUGUGUUAUCCUUGGUUUGCUGCACGUCCAAUGUGACCUUUCUGCCUUUUAUGUUUCGCUACCCGCCUCAGUAUAUCCGUACAUUCUUCAUCGGUCAGGGCCUCAGCGCCUUGUUCCCUUGUAUUGUGGCGUUGGGGCAAGGCGUCGGCAAGCUGGAGUGUAAAAGUGUGAACGGCACGGUGGAACCGGAGCAUUUGAAGGAGAACUUUUCUGUCCAGAACUUCUUCUGGUUCUUGUUUGUGAUGCUGUCGAUCUCCGCUCUGAGUUUUUGGGCGUUGACACAAAGACCAGCAGAGGCGCAGCAGGAUUCCCCGCCGCAGGAAUCUGACAAUGCUGCAGCGGCAAAGGAUGGAGAAGAGACGCGCCGACUGUACAACGGAGGGGCGCCGGUAUCUGAGGAGCAGGUGCAGGUGGAGGAGCAGCCACCCCCUCAGACAUUUUGGACGCCACGAAACAUCUUCCUGCUUCUGCUGCUCACCGUCUCCAACGCCCUCGCCAAUGGAGUCCUUCCAUCUGUGCAGAGCUUCUCCUGUCUGCCCUACGGCACCGUGACCUUUCACCUCUCGGUGGUCCUUGGAAACAUAGCGAAUCCCUUGGCGUGUUUUCUGGCCAUGUUUGUUGUCCUCAGGUCCUCUGCACAUCUUGGCUUCUUGGCUUUGGCAGGCGGUGCAUUUGCUGCUUAUCUCAUGGCAUUAGCAGCACUCAGUCCGUGCCCACCGCUCCUGGGGAACCCUGCUGGUGUGGCUUUAGUGAUCGUCUCUUGGAUUGCCUUCACCGGCCUCUUUUCCUAUCUGAAGGUGGUGAUUGGGACGUUGCUUCACGAGGCGGGUCACGCCGCCCUGCUCUGGUGCGGCAUCUCUAUCCAGGCCGGCUCUCUUAUCGGAGCUAUCGUCAUGUUCCCUCUGGUGAACUUCUACCAUGUGUUUGCCAGGGGCCAAGAGUGUGUGGACAACUGCAGUUAGCAGGAGUGAAAAAAAUGAGUUCAGUUUUUCUGGAAACGUGCACACCUCCGGCUCCUCACGGGAAACUCCACCUGCCUGCUUUAACUCUGUUUUUGUGGAUCCUGGGAGACGUGCCAGAUCUUCCUUGCAGCUAAUUUUUCUCGGGGAUCGUGGCACACAUGACGUCUCCUGAUUCAGGGGCCUCCAAGUUUGAGGAAGUAAAUCAUUCCCAGAUAAUGGGAGCAUUGUGUUGCUGGAUGUUGGCCAUGGGGGAUGUAAAGUGCAUAUGAUGCAGUGAAACCACAAGUGCUUUGUGCUCGAUUUUAUAAUGAAGCUUUGUGGUUGAGGUUGUUUACUGUAGCAGAGGAGCUGCUGAGGAUCUUCUCCCAUCACGUGAAAGGUUAUUUGGACUAACUCGUUCAUCCUCAUGUACGGAUCCUGAACCUAAUUAAUGACUAACGACAGAAAACCAGUUAUUGUUUAAUGUUAUAUUCAGAUGUGUUGAUACCACUUCUGCAUUAAGCCAUGGAUUGUUUUUUAAGCAUAUUCAGAUUUUUAAGCUCCAGAUCAAACUGGUAUAAUUUAUAUUGAAUCAGAUGCAUUUAAAGUCCCAGAUGCUGGCUUACAAAUUUGUUUCCUUUACAUUUGAAUAUACUUGACAUUUGGGAUGAUCUAAUUUAUCUCAAGGGAACAAUAUAUGGAUUGUUUGUUUUUAAUGUGCCUGUCAGUUAUUAAUCUGUGAACUCUUCUGGUGAAUAAGGGAUUUUCUCCCCCCAUCUUUGAAGUGAUGAUUGUGUAUGUCAGUGGUUCCCAAAGUCAGAAAUGCUGCAGCCCACUUAAAAACCAGAAUAUAAACCCCACCCCCACCCCAACCCGGUCGUCCAAUCGCGCCGGCCUGUGAAGCCUGUCUUCACUUUUAACAAAAUCCAAGAAAGUGAUGGAUUUCCUUGAAAAUUUGAUUAAAAACAAAAACAUAAAGAGCACAGGCUGUUGGCUAUAAAUUGCCAAUACCACCCAAUCAUAUAUACAAAACACCAAUGCCAACAUGUGACCCACCUGCCACUGGGACACAAACUUCAAUCCAAGAGCAGUAAAUUUAGGUCAGAGUAAUGAGGAAUAUCACAAACUAACUACCUCCUAUUACCGAUUUUAAUUCACUUUUUAUAGAAAUAAAUACAUUUAUAUAAAUAUGUAACUCUGCAUACUGACUAAUUUCAAACUGAAUGUUUUUUCAGUCCCCCUGCAGUGCCCUCAUGGCCCACCAGGGGGCCCACACUUUGGGGCCCACACUUUGGGACCCACUGGUGUAAAUCAUUGAUAUGCAUUAAUGCCUUUUGACGUCAUUUUACUAACCAUGCUGCUACACUGCAUCUGAUUUAUUAAACUCCUGUUUAUCUGCUGUGUGGAUUUGGUGGUAAUACUAGAUGUUUUUUUGUUUUAAUACCAAUGAACUGUUCAACACUUGCUUUUUAAUUGAUCUAACAAUUUGCUAUUUAUGUAAUUCAUGUAACUUUUGUAUUUUUUUUUUCUUUUUACAUCGUCCAUUGUUAUGAAUAAAAUUGA